UCUUGAACGCAGCCACUACAUCCAUUCCCGCUACGCGUAUACCCUCCUCGCACCUGAACUCCAUCCUCCAUUCCUUCCUUCCUCUCGACGCUUCUCUUUCAUGCCGUUAAUGGCGCUCGCGGGACCACCCCUCCCCCUCUCCGCCGCCAGCCCCUCCUCCCGCCUCCCCGCCCAUCCCAACCUCCGGCGAACGGUCGCCGCCGCCACCGCCACCACCUCCACCUCGUCCACCACCGAAGACCAUUCCAAGCCUCGUGAAUUCCAGUAUAGCAGAGCCGAUCCCUCGGUGCGAUGGCCCAACCUCAAGCUCGACCACUCGUUCCAUACUCAAUUCCCUUCCCCUUCUCCCCCCGUCCCGACCCCCAACCUCCCAAGCACAGAUCCCCAUUCCCCAAAAACCAUGGAAGAAGAACCCCCCGAAACCCUAGGAGAAGAAUCCACCGAAACCCUAGACAGAAAGCAGUUCCGGACCCGGUCCAAGAAGAUGUCGAAGCUCGCCCUUCAGCGCGCUCGGGACUGGCGGCAGCGCGUCCAGCUCCUCACUGACCGGAUCCUCGCACUUCCCCCCUCCGCCCUCGUCGCGGACGUCCUUGACCACCGCGGCGUCCAGAUGACCCCCACUGACCUCGCCUUCGUCGUCAAGUGGGUCGGCCGCCAUAGCUGGGCCCGCGCCCUCGAGGUGUUCGAGUGGCUCACCCUUCGUCGCCGCCACGCCCCCGGCCCCCGGCUCCUCGCCAUCACCAUCUCCGUCCUCGGCCGCGCCCAUCAGGACGCCCUCGCCGAGGAGGUUUUCCACCUCUCCGACACCGGCGAGCCCUCCGUCCAGGUGUUCAAUGCCAUGAUGGGCGUCUACGCCCGGACCGGGAGGUUCGCCGAGGUCCAGGAGCUGCUGAAUACGAUGCGCGACCGGGGGCUCGAGCCCGACCUCGUGAGCUUCAACACUCUCAUCAAUGCCAGGGCCAAGGCGGAAUCUUUGCCCCCUGGCUCGGCCCUGGAGCUCCUCCAGGAGGUCCGGCGGUCCGGGCUCAGGCCUGACACCAUUACCUACAACACCCUCAUCAGCGCCUGCUCCCGUGGCGCCAAACUGGAGGAGGCGAUGAGGGUUUUCGAGGACAUGGAGGCUUCCCGUUGCCAGCCCGACCUCUGGACCUACAAUGCCAUGGUAUCAGUGUACGGCCGGCGUGGGAUGACCCGAGAGGUGGCGCGCCUAUUCCGUGAAUUGGGUGAGAAGGGCUUCUUGCCGGAUGCAGUUACCUAUAACUCUCUGCUGUUUGCUUAUGCCAAGCAGGGGAAUGUGGAAAUGGUUGAGAGGGUUUGCAAGGAGUUGGUCGAUGCAGGGUUUAAGAAGGAUGAGAUAACCUAUAAUAUUAUCAUUCAUAUGUAUGGGAAAAAGGGGAGGCUUGAUUUAGCCCUCCAAUUGUAUGAUGACAUGAAGUCAAACGGUUGUGCUCCCGAUGCUGUGACCUAUACUGUGCUGAUUGAUUCGCUUGGAAAGGUUGAUAGAAUCACUGAAGCAGGGAAGGUGAUGUCGGAGAUGGUAGAUGCUGGGGUGAGGCCCACUCUAAGGACUUUCAGCGCUCUUAUUUGUGGGUAUGCCAAGGCUGGGAUGCGGGUCGAGGCAGAGCGGACAUUUGAUCAUAUGGUGCGGUCGGGCAUCAAGCCAGAUCGUCUAGCUUAUUCAGUCAUGUUGGAUGUUUUUUUGAGGUCUAAUGAGAUUAGGAAGGCAAUGGCGUCGUACCGGGCUAUGAUGCGUGAUGGGUUUUGGCUGGACAAUGGCCUGUAUGAGGCCUUGCUUGGGGUUCUUGUACAAGCAAACAAGGAUGAGGAAAUUGAAGAAGUUAUUAAGGACAUGGAGGAGGUGUGUAUGAUGUGUCCACAAGUGAUAUUGGCACUUCUUGUCAAGGGUAAAUGCUUUGUACAUGGAGCUGAAGUGUUAAAGAGGGCUGUUUCGCAAGGCAAAGAGUUUGAUCAUGAUAUCUUGUUAGCUAUUGUGGAUGCCUAUGUGGCAUCGGAGAGGCAAACGGAAGCACUUGCUUUGCUUGAGUUUCUGAGGGAACAUGCACCCAAUGCCAAUCAUUUGAUAACCGAGGCUUCCAUAAUGAUGCUGUGUAAAAAUCAGCAGAUGGAAGCUGCUAUUGAGGAGUAUAACAACAUGAGAAUGCUAGGUUUUGGAUCAUUUGGCAGAAAUUCUAGCCUGUUUGAAUACUUGAUCACAUGCUGUGAAGAAGCUGGAUUGCUCAGCGAAGCCUCUCAGUUGUUCUCUGAUAUGAAGUUUCUUGGCCUUGAACCUUCUCAGAAGAUCUAUGAGAGUAUGGUUAAUAUAUACUGUAAAAUGAGAUUCCCAGAGACAGCUUAUCAUUUGGUAGAUCAGGCUGAAAAAGCUGGUAUUUCAUUCAGUGAUCUUUCAACUUAUAUCAUUCUGAUUGAGACAUUUGGAAAGCUAAAGCUCUGGCAGAAGGCUGAGAGCUUUGUCUGGAAACUCAGGCAGAUUUCUGCUGUUGACAGGAAAAUCUGGAAUGCUCUUAUAUAUGCAUAUGCUGAGAGUGGUCGCUAUGAACAAGCAAGAGCAGUCUUUAAUAUGAUGAUGAAAAAUGGUCCUUCACCAUCUGUAGACUCUGUUAAUGGUCUUAUGCAAGCAUUGAUUGUUGAUGGGAGGCUUGAUGAGCUGUAUGUUGUCGUUCAGGAGUUGCAAGAUAUGGAUUUUAAGAUAAGUAAAAGUACUGUUCUUACAAUGCUCGAUGCCUUUGUGAGAGCUGGAAACAUCUUUGAGGUAAAGAAGAUAUAUAAUGGUAUGAAGGCAGCUGGGUAUUUGCCAACUCUGCAUAUGUACAGAAGCAUGAUUGGUUUGCUCUCCCGUGGAAAACGAGUCAGGGAUGUUGAAAUGAUGGUUGCUGAGAUGGAAGAGGCUGGAUUUAAACCGGAUCUUACCAUCUUCAACUCACUCCUUAAGAUGUACACAGCAAUUGAGGAUUUUAAGAAGACGUUAGAGACAUAUCAGAGUAUUCAAGAAGCUGGCUUCAAAGCAGAUGAGGUUACAUAUAAUACCCUUAUGGUGAUGUAUAGUAGAGAUCGGAGACCUGAAGAAGGUUUUACUCUUUUGAAUGAGAUGAGAAAGCAGGGUUGCGAGCCCAAGCUAAAUACUUACAAAAGCUUAUUGGCUGCAUGUGGUAAAGAACAGCUGUGGGAACAAGCUGAAGAACUUUUUGAAAGUAUGCGGUCAAAGGGAUAUAGGUUGGAUCGUUCCUUCUAUCACAUAAUGAUGAAGAUAUAUAGGAAUUCUGGUAACCAUUCUAAAGCCGAACACUUGCUAUCUUUAAUGAAAAAGGAUGGCAUUGAGCCGACAAUUGCUACAAUGCACAUGCUUAUGGUUUCUUAUGGCACUGCUGGGCAGCCUCAGGAGGCAGAAAAUGUGCUUAAUAACUUGAAAAGUUCUGGCCUGGAUCUCAGUACAUUGCCAUACAGUUCUGUUAUUGAUGCCUAUCUCAAAAAUGGUGAUUAUAACUUGGGAAUAAUGAAGCUGUUGGAGAUGAAGAGAGAUGGCGUGGAACCGGACCAUAGAAUAUGGACAUGUUUUAUUAGAGCUGCAAGUUUGUGUGAGAAAACCAAUGAAGCAAUGGUUCUCCUUAAUUCACUAAGCGAUACUGGGUUCGAUCUUCCUAUCCGGCUUCUGACUGAAAAAGCUGGGUCACUGGUCAUGGAGGUUGACCAUUUGCUCGAAGAACUAGGGCCCAUGGAAGACAAUGCUUCCUUUAACUUUGUCAAUGCUUUGGAAGACCUCCUCUGGGCCUAUGAACGUCGUGCCACUGCUUCGUGGAUUUUCCAACUAGCAAUCAAGAAAAGCAUAUAUCGCCAUGAUGUGUUUCGGGUUGCAGAAAAAGAUUGGGGAGCUGAUUUCCGAAAGUUGUCUGCUGGUGCUGCUCUUGUUGGACUUACGUUAUGGCUUGACCACAUGCAAGAUGCUUCACUGCACGGGUCUCCUGAGUCACCUAAGUCUGUUGUUCUAAUUACAGGGACUGCUGAAUACAACAUGGUUUCCUUGAACAACACCCUGAAAGCAUACCUUUGGGAGAUGGGCUCGCCAUUUUUACCAUGUAAAACUCGUAGUGGGGUCCUUGUGGCAAAAGCUCACUCCCUUAGGAUGUGGUUGAAGGACUCUUCUUUCUGCAUGGACCUUGAGUUGAAAGAUGCAUUAUCUCUUCCUGAGUCAAAUUCAAUGAAACUCACUGAGGGAUAUUUCAUGAGAGCUGGUCUUGUUCCAGCCUUUAAGGACAUACACGAGCGACUGGGGGAAGUGAGACCUAAGAAGUUUGCCAGGUUGGCUUUAUUGCCAGGAGAGAAAAGAGACAAAGUCAUCAAAGCUGAUAUAGAAGGUAGGGAGGAAAAGCUGCACAAAUUAAAGAAAAAGGGUGCUGUUAGAGCAAGGAAGCCAACAAGAUUGCGCACAGGCAAAUUUAUGAGGCGGCAACAUAAAACAGAAAAAACUUCAAAUUAGUUGAACAUGUUUUACAGACAAGUUUCCUAGCUAAAGGUCUCAGCUACCUGUGAGACUCAGCUCUGAAGCAUUUGAGCUGAUGAUGACAUGUUGGGCACUUUAGUGCCUCACAAGAUUAUGCUUGAAUCACCGACCAACUGAAGCAAGAAAAAAUUAACUAACAGAUGGAAACUCAUAACCAUCAUCUUAACCAUCGAGCCUUAUCCCAGCUAUGUGGAAUGGAUCCUCAUUCAUGAAGAAUUCUAUUUCGGGCCACCUCCAAUGUAAAAUGUGGCACGAUAGAUAUGUUUGACAAAAGCGACUAUAUGAGGGCCUUGGACUAAUCAUUUCAUCAGAUCGUCCCGACAUUUUUCUUCGAGUUGUUGGAGCCGUCUUGACACAUGUGCUUCACUUCACAAGAUGUGAAAAUGCGUUAAAGUUGCAGGCAUGCUCACUCUUGGCCAUGGAAGCUGAUUUUGCUGGCUAGUCUAGUUUUUGGUUGCAUGAAUGGAUUUUUUGAUUCCAGCAGUUUUUGUGGUGAUACAAGAUUGCUGACCACGUGAUAGAGAUCACAGCAGGGUUUGGCAACUGUUUACGUCACUGUGAUGAUUGCUAGUUCUCAACAUACUCAGCAGCUCAAGAAACAGCUUGAACUUAGAAAUUUUCUGCACAGGAUGCACAUAUCUGCUUAGAAAGAAAAUGAAGCAUCGCCUUGACUCAACAAUUCGUCCUUUCUGAGCAUCCCUUUGAUCGUCUUCUAGACAAAUGUUUGGAGAAAAGUGAUUACAUGUCAGAGGUCAGAGCUCAUAGUUCAAAGUGGCUGUGUUGUUGAUAGUCAUGGAGGAAGAUCUGGUACACCUGAAAUCUAUGCUAAACAAGUGGUUCCUGAACAUCGACACCCAGAAGCCAUCCACUGAAUUCAUGUAAUUAGAACCAUGCUCAGUGAAACAAGAUAAUCUCAUCAAUUACAUGUGUUAGUAAUACAUUCAGUCUCCUCUGCUGCAAAUUUAAGAACAUAUAAUAAUAGUACUGUUGUUUUUAGCCAGCUUUGUUUUUUCUCCCCCCAAUCCUGAGCACUAUUUUUCUUUUUUCCUUUUUCGGUGCACUGAUUUUUCUUAUAUUUCUAUUUUACAAGUUGCAGCUGUGUAGGUCUUCCUAGAUCACCAUAGCCGAAAUGUGCUCUAGAUGAGGUCUUCGCAAGGCAGCAUGCUUUUACUUAAACCACACCCUCGAGCAUGCCUUUCAGAGCUGAAGUACAAUGCCUACCAUUUGUCAAAUGAUAAUGCUAUUUUCGGUGGAAAUGUUCACUCUCUGUGCAUGCUUAAAGGUCGCCUUAUUCUGCCUAGACCUUUGAGUACAUGAAGCCAUUCCUGAAGCUACUCAAUAUAUUUUACAGAAGUUCUGAGGCUCCAGCCUAAAGAAGCUUUAACCAACGAGAGAUGCUCUGUUUUCACCUGAGAUAUGUUUCUUAGAUAUUGGUUUGGAUCUUAUAAGUUGUUUCUAUUUCGAAUUAGUUAACUAUCUAGAUGCAGGUUUGGACUUGAUGUCUCUUGAGAAAUGAGCUGCCAAAGAUGUGGACAUAUUAUAUACGCGUUUAUCUACUAUGGAGGCUGAUUGCUUGAAGUGAAAGAAAACUGAAUGUUAAAGAA